AUGGAAGCUCAGAGGAAUAUAAUGGCCGAAAUGGCUCAGUUACUGAGGGCUACUGAUAAAGGAAAGGCUCCUAUGGCCAUCACUGAAGAGGAAAAUAAGGGUCCUCCUCCAGGUUUUACACCACCGCAUGUAUCAUUGCAAACUGAGGCACCUCCUAGAAGGCCAUCUACUACUGUGAGGCCUCAGCAUGGGCCAAUUGAUGCUGGUGUCCAUGUGAAUUUCCUGAUUGGUUCAGGACUUAAUAUGGGUGACAAUCUUACUAAUCCUCUUGUUCCCGAUCUAGAUAUGGUGGAAAAGGAGGAUUUGAAGACCGAAGCUGCAAGGCAAUUGGAUGAACGCUGCAGAUGGUUAGAAGAAAAGUUCAAGGCUUUGGAAGGCACUGGCAAUAAUCACGGGGUUGAUGCCAAGGAUUUAAGUCUAGUCCCAAACCUAGUGCUACCUCACAAAUUCAAAACGCCAGAAUUUGAAAAGUACAAUGGUACUACUUUCCCAGAGGCCCACAUCACAAUGUUUUGUAGAAGGAUGACGGGGUAUGUAAACAAUGAUCAGCUAUUGAUCCAUUGUUUUCAGGAUAGUUUGAUAGGAGCGGCAACCAGAUGGAUUACCCUGCAAAACAUAGAGAAGAAGCCUAAUGAGAAUUUUAGGCAAUGUGCACAGAGGUGGAGAGAGGUAGCAAUGCAGGUUCAACCACCAUUGUUGGAAAAGGAGACCACUAUGUUAUUUAUUAAUACUCUGAAAGCCUCAUUUAUUACUCAUAUGAUUGGAAGCACUACUAAAAGUUUUGCGGACAUAGUUAUGGCAGGAGAAAUGAUAGAGAAUGCCAUAAGAGGAGGAAGAAUUGAGGGGGAAGUAGUCAAAAGAUCAGCCCCAAGAAGAAAAGACAAUGAGGUAAACAAUACAAGUGGUUUCAAUUCAAAAGCAGCCACAGUUAGCCAGCCCAAAGUAGCCACCGUUGGGCAACAAGACUCCCAAAAGCAGGAAUCCAACAUUAGGCAUGAGAGGAUGCAAUUUACACCUAUACCUGUGACGUAUAGGGAGCUCUAUCAAAAUCUAUAUGAUGCGCAUGCUAUAGCCCCUUUCCACUUAAAACCAUUACAACCUCCGUAUCCUAAAUGGUAUGAUGUAAAUGCCAGAUGUGAGUAUCAUGCUGGAAUAUCGGGGCACUCAAUCAAGAAUUGUACUGGAUUCAAGAAAGUCGUAGAGAGGUUAAUCAAGAAUGGGGUUUUGAAAUUUGAGAGUACCCCAAAUACUGAGAAUCCUUUGCCGAACCAUGACAAUCAGGGAGUAAAUGCCAUUGGUGAAGCCGUUGAAAAAAGGGAAAAGAAAAAUGUUGAUGACAUAAGGAUGCCUAUGAGGGUAAUCUGGGAGGAGAUGAUGAAGAGAGGUAACUCUAAUGAAAAGCAAGUUUGUGUGCUGGAAAAUGAACAGCAAAGAACCGGUAGACCAAGGAUCAUUAUCUCCCUGUCAGGGAAUAAUGAAAUGGGGAAAAAUAAAAUGGGGACAUCAGCAGCGCCCAAGGUUAUUAUCCAUACACCUACUCUUUUCCCUUACAAGGAUAGCAAAAAAGUACCAUGGAGUUAUGACUGUAGCGUGACGGUGCCGGGAGAAGGAAGCAUAGCCAGCGCAUCUAAGGAUGUACGAGAUGAAGGUUCCCAUACGCGGAGUGGGAAGCGUUAUGAUAUGGGGGACGUCAGAGUGGAGCCCACAAAACCCAAGAAUGUUGAAAUUGAGAAAAAGAGUGAAGUAUCUGUUAACGAGCCAGUGAGGGAGGAGGAAGCUAAGGAAUUUCUAAAAUUACCCAUUGACAGUUCGCACAUGAAGACGUGUCAUAAUGUGGUAAGAGCCUUUGACGGAACUAAAAGGAAAGUAAUGGGACGAAUUGACAUCUCUUUGGAGAUUGGACCAAAUACGUAUGAAGUUGACUUCCUGUUGGUAACGGAUGGACGCUUGAUAACCAUCAAUGCAGAGGAGGACAUCAUAGCAGCCGUCACUAGUAAGCCUCCUUAUGUGGAGACAAAUGAGGAGGCUAUUGAGUGUUCUUUUUGUUCCUUGGAAAUUGUUAAUGCUACCUUCAUUUCGGAGGGAAGUGAGGUGCCAGUUCCCAGGAUGUCUAGAGCAACAAGGAUGGCCCUGCAAAUAAUGAUGGGGAAAGGAGCAUUGCCAGGAAAAGGACUAGGAAAAUAG